CGCACUCGUACAGCCAUUGGAUAAAUAGUGUGUUUAACUACAGUGUAGUUCCUGUCAUACGUUCAGUGACAUCAACAAACGUACUGACGUUUCUGAAGAUUGAUGAAGUCACUGCCAAAGAUCUAGAUUGGCAUCUACAAGGAUUGUCGGGAACAUGGUGAGAACCCUGAAUAAUGUGUCCGAGCUGAGACAGACUGGGUUUGGUCAGCCGAGUCCCAGACACGGUCUGAGCUUGUUGUGGUGGUUUGCUCAUGAUUGUGUUCAGAUCGACUCGAACAGUCGUAUGAUUGCACUGUGCAACCCUGAAAGUGGAGCUUUUGGCUUUCAUCGAUUCUAUAAUAGUGAUAAUCUUCUUCCUAAAUCUAACCUACCAUACUAUGAGGUUGGCAACCUAAACUCCCCUGGAUCACUGCCUCGUUAUGUCACUAAGAAGAACACUGGAUAUUCAGACAAAAGCAACAAAGAUCGCAUCAUUGUUUCCUUUAACUCACAUUGGAACAGUUUUGAGAAGAUUUAUGUGACACAACAUUCAGAUCAGGUGAAGUUUGACCGGAAUCGCACUUACUGUAUUAGUACUGAUCUCCUUGAGGACAUUCAAGAGUUGAGACGUGAAGACUUCCUCAGAGGACGCACGAAUCGUUCUGAACAUAUAACCAUAGAUAUGCCUCAGUCCGUGCAGAUUCAUCCAUCUCAGAGUCACUCCACUUGUAAAGAAUGCUGCUCUAUGCUAUCUUGUAUAUUGUUUAUUUUGAUCUUUAUUGCAGCUAUUUUCUCGUAUUUUAAAUAAUGAAAAUAUAGUUUUCAUCCACUGUUGUUUGUUAUUCUAGCUGAUUACACAGCUGUCAUUAGGUGCCUGUCUCUUUCAUUAAGUGUCUUAAGUGGUUAUGACCGGAUUUAUAGUAAUAUAGUUUAGUAUCUUUAUUUAUAUUAGUUGUGCUUAUUGUUUGACAUAUACAAACAGAGACAGUAUUACCUUGAAAUAAAAGUCCAAAAACCAUUGAUUUGUAUGAUAUUAUUUUACUUUAAUUAAACUUGUCUGUUAACUUUGCCAUACGUUUAAUAUUAAAUAUUAUAGACUAUUAACCUGAAUAAAUUAUAAUAUAUUUUAAUGUAAUUAAUAUUUAAUGCUUAUAAAUAUAUAUAUAUGAAAUGUGGAUAUGAGUGAGACAUUAUGCAGUGUAGUGAUAAUAUCAAGAUUGUCUAAUUCUUUUUUUUAUCACUUCAUCUGUAGAUAGACUGUAUUUGUGUUUUCAAUGACUGAUUCUUUGAUUGCACUUUAUUUGCCGAUCAAAUAUUCCAGUCACUCGUCCCCUGACACAUGAUGUGAAACAACAUCAGUUUCUGUUUGCAGAUCUUUGCACAAAGACUUUUCAGGGUAUGAACGCUCCCAUCACUUCAGUAAAGUGAGUUUGAUUCAUUUUAUCGUGUGUUUAUGUAUCUUAUUUCAUUAUUAAACUAAAAUUAUUAACAUGUGGUACACCACACUGUAACCCGUUUUCUUUGAAUAGUCACUGCUAUUAUGAGAAUAAAUAUUCAGCAUAUUGAGUGACCAAAUGUACACUAGGAUUUGAUAUUAAAGUCACCAUGAAACCAA